CAAAUGAAUUUCUCGAGCUCAGCAUAAUGCAUAAUGCCGUGAAUAGAACUCCCGUUCAUGUAUGAAAAUUUCACCUCAUUUCCUCUCAAUUUCAUGAUAAAAUCCGGCAAUUCGUCGUGUUUUCAUGUCAUUUACCAGGAUCAUUGUCUUCCAAAUCAACUCAUCAGGUGUGUUAUUCUACUCUGAAUAUCCUAAAAGGACCCAUGUGAAGUAACAAAUCAAAUCCUCCUCAGUUAACCAUCGGAUUUCUCUGAUGAAUCAUAUUUCAGUUUUUAGGGCGUUGCCUCAACAUGCUUUCUAAUUCAGUUUACAUCUAUUAAAGAUCAUGGGGAAGCCUGCCUUAAAAUCUAAUCGAGUGGUCAAACCAAAAGCAAAUGAAUCAACCAUCAAAAGCAAAUCGGAAAACAAGGUGGACCGCAAGGUCAAAAACCGGCCAGAUGCAGACAGAAAAUCAGAGAAACCUGAAAAGAGCGAAGAUUCGGCCAUUUUGCACCCUCCCAUCGAUAUAAGUGUAUCGGGUCUCCGUCAAAUAAGUCAAAUAUUUGAAAAGGGCACCUCAGAGCUUCAAGAUUUGCUCUCGUUUGAGUGCGAUGUCAUUUUGGAAUGCAAAGUCUGCCGCAACCUGUUUCGCAGCCUUGCCAACUUCCUCUCUCAUAAGCGAGUUUACUGCACAGCUCAACAUCAAACAUCUAAUCAACUGCUUCAUACUAAUAACAAGUUGGAAGUGGAUUGCGGCUCUUCGAAUCCGGCGGAUGCAGUUCACCCCGAUGUGAUAAAAACAAAACUAAAAAACCCAGCCCGCAUGAUCCCUCGCUCAAAUCUAGCAGCUGUGCUCAACGCUCGUUGCUUCGCCAAACCUGUGUUUAUGCGUUCUGGUAGAAAUGAGUGUUCUCCAAGUAGUGAGCAUUCACUUCUCUUGCAGACUCUGCAGGGCUCCAACGCAGGUGUUUUCCAAACGUACUACCCUAACUCAUCUAGUUUAGCUCAUCCACCGUCCAUGAAAGAGCAGAUGGAAGAACUUUAUUCAGCUCAAUCACAAACAGAAAGUAUGGACUCUAUGUUCUUACAAGUGAAUGGCGAGGACGGCUCCAGCGAGUUUAUGCGCGGGCACCCUGAUUCAGAGUGCAACAAAAUGUAUACCUGUGAUGAUUGCGGACUUCUCUGCUCAACUGUCGAAGUCCUUCAGCGUCACAAGCGACAGAUCCAUGCAAUAGCUAGGAAAUGUUACUUGUGCCCUUGUUGCAAAGACAGUUUUCCUAAUACUUGGAGUGUUCAUAGGCAUUUAUUCAAAGUUCAUCAUAAAACGAAUGAGCAAGUGCGGAAACUAAGGUUACAAAUUAAAUCCAAAAUUCUGAAACCCGGUAAAACAACUAAGGAAUUGCCUGACAAGACAAAAACGGUCCAACCAAAAAUUACAGAUCAGGAGAAAUGGAAUCUGGAAAACGAGGAGUGGCUUGAUCAGCUGGAGAAAGAUGAUCUACUUCGUUGUGGAAGUUGUGGUCGCAAAUUUGAGCGACGAGCAGCAUUGAAAGCCCAUUCCCGUGUUUGCCAAAGUCGUGUUUCCGUUAGUAGCAUUAGUAGUAUUCAAUGCCGAGUGACCUCUGAAAAAUUAUCAAAUCCAGCUGACCUUCAACCAAAGUCUGACAAUGAGGACCUGAAAUUGCAUCCUGUUGUUGCAUUAACAGCGCUCACCCCGGCGCAGAUCAAAGAUAGUCUGAGCGCUAAGGACAAAGCUCCAGAGAAGAAAAUUGGCAUCCAGGUACGCAUGGACUACUGCAAAAAUACGUCCUCGAAUUCGUUGGCCGAGGAACGAGUCCCCAAACCAUCGCCGGUUGAAGUCAUCACGAUUGAUGAAGAUAGAACUCAUGAUAGGUCGAAGACUUGUCUGGAAACUUUGCUAACUAAGAAACGAAAUAACCGGUCAGAUAGUGGCAACGACUCUGAAUCUCAAGACGAUAUGAGCGUUGGGCUGGACUUUAGUAGCGAUUCUGUGAUAAAUGAAGAUUUAAUCAAACUUAAUAUGCAUGACAUUCCAGGUAUUAGCUCAACAGACUCCAACAUCGGCUCUAAUGACACAGCGUUUGAAGGCUCCGUCAGGAUAGAGUCAGCGAAUGAUGAAUUUACAAGUGAAAGUAUACCUAACAAGCGGAAGAAAGCUUGUCCAGUCAAAAGACGAAUCAGUGCCAAAAAAAUGUUGUCCAAAAAGUCAAAUGAUGGAGAGUGUGUUUUUCGGAGGGAAGGUGUCAAAGCAACAUACGCAAAUUGUAAGAAAAAGACUGCACCAGGGAAAGUCUAUAAUUUUUCUCACUCUUGUCCGGAGCAUGUUAAGCAACUCACCGAUUAUUACAACAAAACGGACGGUGUUUGUCUUCUCUGUAAUAGUCAUACAGACCCAAGUAACAUCCUACAGCACAUAUCGGAGCAUGGACGUUGGAUCAAGUUCCGCUGCAAGUGGCCAGAGUGUACAUACAAGGCGUACAACAGAGUCGAAUUAAUUCUGCACGUCACGAAAGAGCACAAAUUCAAAAAUGGAGAAGUUGCUCAUGAUUUUGUCGACCUGAUCUCAAGAGAAGACUGGAAGUUUGUUGUCGCAACUUCAGCUAAUAACAGCAGUGUCCUACUAGGGAAAGUAACUGAACUUAACGAUAGACUUAAUGGAAAAGAAAGAAUCAAUGGAUCUGGACCACUUUUGAAAAAUAUUUUCGAAGUGGCAAAAGAUGUAGAAAAUUCCGUUCCAUCCAAAGAAAAUAUAGAAGAAUCAACAGAGUCAGAUACCAAACCAGAAUGUAUAGAACUUGAUAGCUCCAUGAGUGAUAGUGACAUAAUUGAUGUCAGCAGUUCGGACGAAGAAAAUUUUGAAGGCUUUCCUUGUAGUCAACAACCCUAUGAGUCCAACAACACAAGCUCUGAAAGAGCGCGUGUUAUAAAUACAGAAUGUGGUAGUCCUAGCGAAGAUCAAAGUUCAGGUAAAGGAGCUGGAAAUAUGAAUGAAUCGAUUUCAAGAUCUAGCCGCUUAGCUUCAGAUUCAAACAUAGAUGAUGAAGUCAAGUGGCCCGAAAGAAUAAAAGAUUUAAGUGAAGGAAUACCUCGUGAAUCGUCCUCAAAUACUGAAGUAACUCUUGAGGAGUAUGUGGAACCAAAUGUGGAACCAUCCAAUUCUCCUGUAAACACUGAAGCAUCAAUUACGUCCCGUCUGCUUGACGAACCAUUGUCACCAGAAGCUCCAUCUAGUCCAGUGUCGAUUUCUGAAUCACUGGAAAUGGCUGACUCUCCAGAAACAUCAGUGAAUCCAAGCACAAAAUCGCCAGUUGACUCACCUUCACCAGAUUCAGAUGAAAGAACCCUUGCUAGUCCUGUUACGUAUACAAUCUGUGAUAUUUCAAUGAUGACAGAUGAUGAUGAAGAUGAUUCUCUGGACGAAUCUCAUUGCGAUGAUACAACGGAUGCUGACCCAUCGUCUUCUGCUUACGGUAAGUCUGGAAUGGACGUGGAAAUGGAUGACGACCACCUUCGAGCUGUUAUGAUGGAGAUGAUCUUUGGCCAAACAAGUGAUAGUCCUACCUCCUCCCAUAAAUUCACUGUUGAAAACCAUAGCACCAGUAAAAAACAGAAACUCCUGGACACAGAACUUAAUGUUUAGCCUUAAGAGGCCUCCAUUGUUUCCUCAGAGUUCAGAAGCCAAUAAUUUCUUAUGUCAAUCAUUUGAGUGCAUUUGUUUUACUUGAUAGACCAAUGUAGAUAUUAAUUUGAAUCAGCAGAAAAUUUUCUCCGGUAGCGUAAAUCUGGUUUGCCGGAGGAGUAACUUCAUGAAAGGGUAACUGUUCAUCAUUCUAUGGAUUUAUACGACCUUCAGGUUCAUUCAGAUAUUAUUUUACCAGCCGUUGGAGAAGCCAUACCAGAAUCAUUUCGAUUUAUGAUUUUUUUCUUCUUUUUUUUUCACAACUUUUUUUUCUUCCAAAGAAGCAAAUCCUCAUUAAAGAAGAUUUUAAGACUUUACGCUUUCAUGUUUCAAUUCAAUAAAUUUAGCUAAGAGAAAAACUUUGGAACCUUGCUUGUAAAUAAUUCACAGCUUAAAUCCGUCUAUUUUUUACAGCCAAAUUAAACAAGAUCAUUUCUUUAACGUCCGAGGACUUCCCUUUCCAUAGUUUGUCAAAAGAAUCAGUACUUUUAACGAAGACCGGAAGUUCAUUUUUCACAAUGGUCUUUUUUUUUUUUUUUUUUUUUUUGCAUUUUGGAACUCUUUGGUUGUCCGUUCCAUAUUUGAUAUCAAAGAAAGCAGCAGUAAUCCGCUUCUUGGAACGCAAAUGACGGAUGCACAAGAUCGCAAAUAUCAUGUAGAAAAAAACCAUCAAAAAUGCCAAAGAAACAAGUUUGAAAAAUUAGACCUCGGCCUUUUUUAUAAGCACUGAUUCAAAAUUGCCAGCAGUAACAAUAGAUGCUUGAUUUUCAAGCUGGUGGACUCAAAUUACAUACAAUUUCUCUCUAACAUUCACUCUCAAUCAUAUUUAUCACUCUUAAUGCUGUGAACACCAAUCCAAGGUUAUAUUUUGAGGGGUAUAACAAUUGACCUCAAUCUUAUAUUUCUAUCAAUUGCUGUAAUUAUAUCCCCUUUGUAGUAUUUAGAAGUGUUAAAAAUACUGUAAAUACUGUACAUAUUGUUAGACUGCAUAUACUUUUUCUAAAUGUAAAUUGUAAAUUGUACGGUGGAAAGCUAUCGAAAGUUAUUUGUCAAGCCAGUGUACUGUCAUUUCUUCCUUUUUUUACUUA